CCUGGCUGUUCGUCCCCGGGGCGCACCCGCAUCUCAUCUAGUCCCUGUCGGCUCCCGGCCGGGGGGAGAGCAGCGGCCUCUCCAUCCUGCGCGCGGCGGCUCGGCUCCGUGCCCACUGCCGGGGAUGCCCAGCGCUCCUCAGGCGCCCGCGCGGCCGCCCAAAGAAGCCCCCGAGCAAGGACCCCGCGCUGGCCGCGCCAUGGCGGCCGCCGGCGGGGACGCGGCGCAGGAUGGGUUACAUCCAAGGAAUCUUAUCCCUGAGCUUUGUAGACUUUUUUAUGGUUUAGGCUGGGUAACAGGAACUGGUGGAGGAAUCAGCUUGAAACAUGGAGAAGAAAUCUACAUCGCUCCUUCAGGAGUCCAAAAGGAAAGAAUACAGCCAGAAGAUAUGUUUGUUUGUGACAUGAAUGAGCAGGACAUCAGUGGUCCUCCACUGCACAAGAAACUAAAGAAAAGCCAGUGCACACCUCUUUUUAUGAAUGCCUACACUAUGAGAGGGGCAGGCGCAGUGAUCCAUACACAUUCCAAGGCUGCUGUUAUGGCUACCCUUCUUUACCCAGGGAGUGAGUUCUCUAUUACCCAUCAGGAGAUGAUAAAAGGAAUCCAGAAGUGUACUUCAGGAGGCUAUUACAGAUACGAUGAUACACUAGUGGUUCCUAUUAUUGAGAAUACACCAGAAGAGAAGGAUCUCAAGGAGAGAAUGGCACGUGCAAUGGAAAAAUACCCAGACUCUUGUGCUGUCCUGGUCAGACGUCACGGUGUUUAUGUAUGGGGAGAGACAUGGGAAAAAGCCAAAACCAUGUGUGAAUGUUAUGACUACUUGUUUGAUAUCGCAGUGCAGAUGAAGCAGCAUGGGCUAGAUCCUUCAAAACAUCCAGCAGGAGAAAAUGGGAUCUUGUAAAUGUCAACAACAUUUAUACUCAGGUUGCUUACAUGAUGAUGGGAGUUCCAGCUUUCACCCCACACUGUUGAAGCCAGAAGGGGGUGCUGAUCCUCAGCUGAUUGACAAAUGUCAGCAGGAACUUCUAACUGUUAAACACAGCCAAGAAUUAAAGGAGAGUUAAAAAAUCCCAACUACUGAACAAUCAUUGCAGUUUCCAAGUCCUGCCAAAUGCCACAGUAGAAGGAAUGAAAAUGCAGAUGCAAAAAUACUUUGAGAAACUUUGGAGAACUAAUGUCACAUUUUAGUUUUGUGCCUUAAAAAUUCAUAUUUCAACAACCUGCACUUGUUGAUCCUGCCCUAAUGCUACAUCAUUUAACUUGAAAUAAGUCUGCAUUUCUGAAAGUUAUUGUGGCUUUUAUUCUUCCAGAAAAAAGUGAGGACAACCCCUUAAUUACAAGUUAAUAAAGUUUAAAGCAUUGUUUGAA